UGGACGCGUUUGAAGACCAGGCUGCGCUCUCUUGCUCAGAGGACCCUCUUGUUCACGCUGCUUCCUCGCAGGCUUGCUAUUUACGAAGACGGUGAGUCGGGGACAUCUUAAGCAUGAGCUCUUUAUACGCCAUGGCGCUCUCGAAGACUGUCCUACAUCCGGCGCAAACGGCGGUGGCUCUCGACGCGCUUGUACCCCUCCCCCCAGACAUAAUCAGUACCCCGGUUCAUACUUUCAGAGAGUUGGUCAUCUACGGGUCAAACAACACUUCUGCUCAGUGGUCUCGUCUGCUUGGCUUCCUAGUUGCUGGCCUAUGCAGGCGUUGCAGUGGACCGGCCGAGUAUGCACGCGGGGACGGAGCCUCCACGGACGGGCGCGCAAGUCAUGAGAUCGGUUGCUGACGACCCUGAGCUGCAGGUUGACUCCCUACUCCUCCCACCGCGAUGAGGCCAACAGCAGCGCGUCUUCUGCACAUCCUGGUCCCGAUUAAGAGGACAGUAGACUAUGCGGUCAAGAUCCGAGUCAACCCUGACCAGAAGGGCAUCGACCUCAAUGUCAAGCAUUCCAUGAACCCGUUCGACGAGAUUGCGGUCGAAGAGGCCGUCCGGCUGCGCGAACGCCUCAAGGACAAGGUCAAGUCCAUCAAAGUCGUCACCAUCGGGCCGCCCAAGUCGUCCGAGACCCUGCGCACCGCGCUCGCGAUGGGCGCGGACGCGGCCAUCCACGUCGAAGUCGCGGACGGCGCGCCCGCGCCCGAGCCGCUUGGUGUCGCGAAGGCGCUGCGCGCGGUCAUCGCGCGCCAAAAGGAGGGCGUUGACCUCGUCAUCAUGGGCAAGCAGGCGAUCGACGACGACGCGGGCCAGACAGGCCAGAUGCUCGCGGGGCUCAUGGAUUGGGCACAGGCGACGUUCGCGAGCAAGGUAGAAUUGGACGUGGAGAAGAAGGAGGCGAACGUGACGAGGGAAAUUGACGGCGGUCUGCAGGAGCUGAAAUGCCGUUUGCCCUUGGUGCUCACGACUGAUCUUCGGGGCUGGCGCCGAGUGACUCUGCGCGUAGAACCACGUUACGCCUCGUUGCCUAACAUCAUGAAAGCAAAGAAGAAGCCGAUCGAGAAGCUCUCACCUGCGGACCUCCAGGUCGAUCUCACACCUCUUCUCGAGACGUUGAAGGUUGCAGAGCCUCCGAAGAGACAGGGUGGAGCGAAGGUCGAGAGUGUGGACGAACUGGUAGCAAAACUGAAAGAAGCAGGGAUCAAGCCCGUGGCGUCAUGA